AUGGAGACUUCAUUUGAGGUGCCUGAUGUUCGAAGGAACUUUGAAACAGCACAGAACCUGUUCUGCGAGAAAAGACUUGUUGCAAAGCAGCCUGACGCCACAGAGAUUUGCCGUUCCAACCCUGCAGAGACAACAGAGAAAAGGUUCCUGGAACUGUAUACAUUCAGAGUUCAGCAGAGCUGCUUCAGGGUCUGGGUGCUCCAGUGGAGGUCAUCCGCACAGGCCAGACAUCAGCAUAGGAAGCACCUACUGACCACCGGCCUGUCUGCUCUCAGAUGGAUGGUCCUGACACGCCGUGCCCAGGCUGACACUCUGGCCAGGAGGAGGGAGGCCCUGACCCUUGCCAAGGCCUUCCAUCAGUGGAAGAGGCAUGUGGAGGAGAGAGGAUGCUCCAACAUGGACGUCCAGAGUGAGGCAGAGGUGAAGAGCCUGCGUAGGAGGCUGGCCCCGCCCAGCGAUACUCUGGUCCUGAGGACGGCCUACUGCGCCUGGCAGAGCCACCUCCAGGGCCUGCAGCUGCGCAGGGCAGCGCUCAUCCACUACCAUCUGACUCUGAUGUACAAGCACUGGCUGCUAUGGAGGCAGGCUGGGUGGAAGUGUCAGGCUGUGGUGCUACAGGGGCAGCGGGCAGGGCAGCUCUGGGAGAGCAGGCUGAAGAGACGGGCCUACACCGUGUGGAGCUCCUCCUGCACCGCUGCACAGCAGGCGACGCAACAUCAGAGGAGGUCCUGUCUGGCUGCAGCGUGGAGGGUGUGGCGAGCCCAGGCUACACUGAGGGAGGACAUGUGGUUAGUUCUGACCAAUCAGAAUGCUGGUAUUCACAAGGAGAGCCUAUUGCGGCACAGCAUCCAGCUGUGGAGAGAGAAGGCAGAGCAGAGGAGAAGACAGAAAGAGAGUCGACGAGAUAUCAGCAAGAGGGUGGCCCAGUGCUGGCGCCUGUACGUACACCGCUCACGGCUGCAGCGUGUAUGUGUGGAGGCUGAUCAGAUACUCUCCAGGCACACGUUAGCAGUGGCAUUUGAAAGGUGGCGUCAGAGGAAGGCCAUCGCCAAAGCGGCUCACAGAUGGCUGCAGGGAGGACGCCAUCUGCUGGAGAGGAUGGGACUGCAGACGGUGUUCACACGCUGGCGUCGUACAGCAUGCGCCUGGAGAGGGGCACGGGCCCUGCUGGAGACACGGACACAGACACAACUCUCAAAGAUCCUGAAGGGCUGGCACGGCGUUGCCGAGCGAAAGGCGGUGUGUUUGAGGUACUGCUGCAGGAGAGAGCGCCUGACAGCCGCACACGCUCUGAGGACCUGGGCGAGGGCCAGGGAGGUGCGUGUGCGACACACACACCUCCUCACACACCUGCUGGAGACCAGGAGGAGGGCGGGCCGACAGACUCAGACAGAUCUUGUUGGCAGUAUUCCAGCUCCAUUGAGCUUGCCUCCCAGGUUGUCCAGCGCCACUGGCAGACUGGAGAGUGUGUAUGACAUUCUGAAGCUCCAGAUGAGCUUCCACAACUGGAGGAAGCAGAGAAUUAAAGUCAAACGGGCCAGACUGUACUGCAGUGCCUUACAGCAGAAGCAGGCCAGGUUGGUGCUCCAACAUUGGCAUGGUGUAGCAGAGGAGGUCCAGGAGUCCCAGGUGCUCCGGUGCAGGACCAGCCUGGCCGCGCUGGGCAACACCUUCACCUCCCCCACAUGCUUGGAGAGCAGCACGGGGUCCACACAACAGGUGCUUUACUUACACUGUUUCUCCGACAUUUCACCUGUGUUGCCAACCUGA